AUGGGGAAGUACAUGCUACUCGCAGCUCUGGCUGCACAGACGAUGGCAGCACCCCUUGAUAUGAGCACGGGAGAUCUGGAGACAAGGCAGGCCAAGAUGCCACAAUUCAAGAGCGCAACUUACAUUGGCAACGUUACGGACCCCAACCUCGACAGAGAUUCCUGCGGGUCUGUACGUAUCGGCACUAGAGCAUUCUGGACCUGCAGAGACACGAUGGUCAACAAGAACGGAGUCUCGGUUCUGCCAGUCAUCUCAAGCACCGUAGGGUGGACGGACCCCCAGAGCAAAGGCGGCCCGGUCAUCAAAACAACUGGCAACCCCGUCGGCGUUGGCUCUACAGGGACAAGCCCAAUUCUGCAGAUGUAUGGCUACCCCAGGACCGAUAACAUCGUGCCAUACUUUCCUUUGACGGCGAGCGAGUGCAACACCAACGUCGCUGGAGCCUGUCCAGACGGCAGCCGCUGGGCCAUCUGGCCAGAUUCGCCUCCGUUGAUCUCGCAGACAAGCAGCAAUGGCGCAAGUGCCGUGGGCUAUACAUGGGUCCCGAAGGCACACCUCUACGGUUUCCUCCAAACCUACACACCUCAACCUGCAGCUUCCCUCUACAGAAGCACCUACCUCGCUACGACGAACAAAAACACGCUGCCAUCGGUCAGGCUGAUCGCCGAAGAGUUCUGGAAGACCAGUGAAAUCAACUUCGGUCGUUACGGCGGUGUGACACGCAACGGCGUCACAUAUAUGUACGGCCAGGCAAACCCAGGGGUCGGCACCUCUACCUGCCUUGCAAGAGUGACGUCCACCAGAGUCGAGCAACGAGCUUCAUACCAGUACUACAACAACACUGCCAAGUCUUGGUCAAACACCAUGCCUAGCAUCAACAGCACUGACUGUGGCCUGCCAAACGCGGGCGCUGGUGGUCAAGGCACAUUCUACUACUCAACCUACUACGCAAGCUACGUCUGGAUCGGCCAAGCAGAGCUCGAGCCUGUCGCCAACUUCUACAUCUCGACUGCUCCAGCUCCAGAGGGUCCUUGGGUCAAGCCGUACCUCUUGUGGCAAGGUCAGAACGGUGAUGCCUUCGUCGGCGCGUAUACGUUGCAAGCACACCCUUCCCUCCUGCCCAGCAACAAUGCGGCCGAAAAUGGCAUCUAUCUGUCGUACACGAAGCCAAUGGCUACCGGACCUUACACCACGCCGCUGGUGUACGUUCAGUUUGCUUAG